AUGGACCAUGCAACCGAAUCUCCACGCGCAGUCAAAGAGGACACAGAUGCAGACGACAUGAGUGGAGAAAACAAAGUCUCGGCGGAAAGCACUCUGGAGCGUGAAGAGGCAGAGACACUUGAAGAGUACAAGAACACAAUGCCGAACCUGCACGAGAUCAAACAGGACCCCGAAUCAGUCGCACCCGGUGCUACGACAGUUUCGCCGACAGCGCCUGUCGCAACACCCGAUCGUCGGGCGAUAGCUCGGAAGGUGUUCAAUCAAAAGGUGGACGAGCUCGCAGCUGACCUCAUUACCUCUUCGAAACAAAUCAUUGAAAAGGCCAUUGAUAAGGUUGUUCAACUAGGGGAGGAAUAUCGCCAGCCUCUUAUAACGAUAGCGAGGAUAGCUGCUAGAGAUGAAGGCCGCAAGGAAGGCUAUGAACGAGGUUAUGCGGCAGGCUUAGAAGAAGGCAAGAAGUUGGGCUAUGAGCAAGGCAAGGACGGUAGCGAUGAAGAAGGCAAGAACGUUAGCGGCGAGGAAGGCAAGAAGAAUGGCGACAAGCUUGAGAAGGCCGACUCAGAACUUUCGUCCAAAGCCAUGUAG